GCGAUCCCACUCAGUCUAGUGGAGCGCCUCGUCGAUUACGGUGAUCGAGAGCAACUUCGGAAGAAACAACGCCGCGCCGCGCAAUUAAAUAUUAUCGUCGAGAGUGGAUUGUAUAUUCAGUUGCAAUCGACACAACGCAGUCUCGCAACCGACCUCGUGGUGGUUGGACCGGUUUUCGCGCGCUUACUAAUUUUGAGGUGUUUCUGAUUAUAAGUUGUACGAAACGGUGAUCUUGCACAUAUUGCAGCAGUGACGACAAUCUGUAGUGACCAUAGUGAGCGGUGGCAACACGCAACACAAUAGCAGUCAAUCAGGAAAAGCAGCGGAGGUAGCAUCAGAAAAUGAGAUCCCUUCCAACGGUUGUGCUACUCGUGGUAGCACUGUCUGCCCGCACCAUCAGCGCCCAGUGUCUGGCCCAGGAUGACAACAUUCAGCACACCAAGGCGGACAAUCCCCUGUCCCGGAAUCGGCUCUACAAGGGUGAAUCCAUCUUCACCCUGAAACUGCUGGAGGCCAUCAACACCGCAACCCCGACGGAAAACGUAUUUUUCUCGCCGUACAGUCUGUACCACGUGCUGCUGCUGGCCUACUUCGGAGCACGAGCCGAAACGGAGAAAAUGCUCCGAAAUGGCCUUGAAUUGCACUGGACCGAGGAUAAGCCCGUGGUCUGGCAGGCGUACAACAUUGGCAAGAAGUCGUUGGCGGCCCGAUUCAGUCAGAGCGGAGACAUUCAGUUCACUUCAGUCGACAAGCUUUUCUUCGGCAAACAGGUCGCCAUCCGUGACUGUAUGGAGGACAAAUUCUUCGAGGAAAUUGAAAAGCUAGAUUUCGAAAAGGAUGCUGAUGGUCAAAGACUGUACAUCAACAACUGGGUUGAGAAUGUUACCUACGGUGAGAUCAAGGACUUGUUGAUCCCUGGAUCUAUCACCAAGCAGACCAAGCUGGCCAUUGCCAAUGCCGCCUAUUUCAAGGGAACGUGGCAGACUGAGUUCAAACCAGAGCAAACGAAGAAGGAAAUCUUUUACGUCUCCAGCGAACGUCAGGAGUUCGUCGACAUGAUGCACGUGUUGGGAACCUUCAGCCACGCUGCCAAUGAAAAACUCGGAUGUCACGUCCUGGAAAUGCCCUACAAGGGUCAAGACGAAUCAACUCGCAUCUCGAUGUUCGUCUUUUUGCCACCGGCUGUCCCCAACUCGCUGGAGCAGCUGCUGGCUCGAUUGACAUCCGACACCGGUAUCCUGAGUGAAAUCGUUAACGAAGGUAUCCCCCGCAUGGUGGACGUCAAAUUCCCCAAAUUCAACAUCGAGAAAACCGUUGAGCUGAAGCCGGUUCUGGAGCGGCUAGGUUUGGGCAAGAUGUUCGAAAACGGUGCUGAUUUUACGGCUUUCUCGGAGAAGGAACAGAUCGGCUUCGACGAAAUUCUCCAGAAGUCCAAGAUCGAAGUCAAUGAGAAGGGUUCGACGGCUGCCUCGAGCACGGUACUGUUCAGCUUCCGGUCGUCGCGGCCCGUUGAACCGGCCAUGUUCCACUGUAACCAUCCGUUUGUAUUCCUCAUCUACGACUAUGGCACCCAAGCGGUGCUGUUCAACGGCGUCUACCGUCAGCCGGAAUAACAAUGUGAUAGAGCGAGCGGACAGAGUGUUCUAGGUGAUAAGACUUUGUUUUAAUUUGUGUACUAUAUUCAACCACACAGAAGGUAGCUAACAUUUCCAACUGUGGAGAAAUGAUCCCGCUGGCCUGGCAGUGAGCGAAGCGGAAUCACCCUAACCAAAACGUUUUCUUUUAUUUAUUAAAGAACAAACAAGAGACCAAUCGAGCUUGUAACAACCGAAAAAGGAUCUGAAUCCAAAAACUCUGGAAAUAAACUGUGUUUACAAAACGGUA